AUGUGCGGGCGGUUGGAGCUCAUAUAUACAAAAGGAAGGAAAAAAAAUGCUAACAAGAAUAAAGAUCUAGUCGAAGAAAUCAAAGUUGCUCAAACAAUCAGCACAGGUAAAGCUUAUUUCAACCAAGACGAUGAAGUAAAUGAAACUUUAGACUUUAGCCUCCUUUUCCUGACAGCAUUGCCCGGACUUAAAGGAGAAUGGCCUGAACGAUUGCUGUUAGCACAAGCAACAAGUCUAUUAGAUGAGGACAUGAAAGCGACAAAUCUUAUAACUCAAACCACAAAAAGCAAGACAAUCUGGUCACAAAACAGGACUCAACGGCUUAGUGAAGAUAUUUAUUCAGAGGAAGAAGAAUUUCAUCCAACCAUUGUGAGGCCUCAAAUGAAAAAGUUGCCCCCAACGGCCACAAACAAGGUAGCUGAAGCGAUAGUGGAGAAGUUUAUUAAUGAACAAAAUGCUAGUGACGACGAAGAUGACCUUUUCAUAGAGCCAUCCAAAGAGGAAAAAGAAGUUACGAAUAAUCGUAAAAUUUCAAGUUUAGAAAAAGAAGUUGAUAGAAGUAGAAAACCACAUUUCACGCGUUUUGAUGAUCAAAAGUCUGAUGUAUCAAUUAAAGUAAUAGAAAGACCCAUUUCGCCAUCCUCAAAUAAUCGAAAGGUAAAUUUAGGAUAUGACAUUAUAAGGGAGAAGCCAACUAUGAGUAUGUCCACAGGAGUAGGAGUGUUCGAAGCUCAAAAAGCGAUUGAAGUCAAGAUUACAAAAAAGCAAUCGGAAGCACCAAUGUUAACCGAACAUACAAGAAGGAAGUUUGACACAAAAUUUUAUGAAUCCGACGUCUCCAUAAAGAGAGGAGAAGUGACAGCAAACGAAUCGAGAUCAUAUCAGACUUACCCGGAAGUAAAUCACAAAAGCGGUUUCAAAGUACAAGAAUCUGAUGAAGAAAUAGUCGAAUGGAAGAAGGGGUCGGAAGGAUACCAAAAUGUUGUUUUUGAAGAUACUUCUCCCGAGGUAGAAGAAGAAAAGGCGCAACAAAGUAGGCCAAUCCUGAAAGAGUCAAUUCCGCGUAAAAGUUCUGCAAAUAAGCUAUUUCUCAAAAGCGAUUCGAGCCCUUCCUUAUCUUCUGCACAAAGCCAGCUCAAUAAGCCCCAGGCAGAUACAGAAUUACCUCCAACUCCCACCAGCUUGACACCAGUGUCUAUGGCAAUUAUCGAUCUAUCAGCACAAUCUAGGCAUAAAAAUAAAACGAAGGACAUAUCACUUGAAGGCGUAUCGGUAAACAGUGAAAGUGGAGAGGAGCACAGAUGGAACCUAUCACCGCUGCCAUCGAGCGUAACCAAGGAGAAUGAGUACAAGGAUGAAAAGACAACGGUCGUUCAAUGUGCUGAAGACAGGAUAAAUAGCGUGAAGGAGCUUCCUUUGAAGGUAAAUAGUGCAUCAAAACUGGAAAGCUCGGAAAACGACAUGCAAACUUCACAAUUUUGCAGCCCAGAGAAGGACAAUAGUAAAUAUGGUGAAUCUGAUUGGGAGGAAAUUGGCUACAGUAACGUGCCGCCUCAUUUCGAUACCAUCUCGUGUGAAGAUGACACGAGUCCUGCUACAAUCGUCAGAUUAACUGGCUCAGCCACUGAACCUUUGGCUGCAGAAGAGCCGGCAAGAUGGAGCUUUGUGUUCGGGCCGUCCGGAGAGGCCUUACCAGAGCUUAAAAAGCACAUUAUGGAGCCCAAUUUCUUCGCAACCUACCAGGACUACAUUGAAAGUGGUCGCUUUGUUCGCGACGUCCAGCCUGAACCAACCGCGUCCAUGACCAUUCUGCACAAAGAUCCGGUAACCGAGGCUCCAGGGGCAUUGGUCGUGGUGAAUAGCACAAUUAUCCCAUCAAGCCCGAUCUCAUUGCCGCGGCAGAUGCGCUCUGGACGCCUGUUGCACCGACAGCACAUCGAGAUCAUCUCCUCUCAGCUGACUCGAUGCGCCACCGGAUCGGACAUAACGGAUCCAGACGAUCUGAUAUGGAGGCCGGUGGAGCGCGAAAUCCCAUUAGAAGAGAUGAAAGCAAUCGCCUCAAGCAAACCGAUCCUGCGAAGGUCCAGUUCCGCUCUCGAGUAUACUGCCGACCGGGCCAGUCCGCUUUCCACGAACACCGCCGAAGCGAGGAUAGAACUUGUCUAUCAAGCCGAUCCUGGCGUCGUCAGAACUCCUGUCAUCCGUAGCCAUGGUCUUACCAGCACAGCUCGAAGCCAGCUGUUCGGCAGCCUCAACUCUUUGCUGGACGCUCAAAGGGUUAUUCAGAUUGUCCGCGCAAAGCCACAUUUUAAGUUGCCCCCGCGAGGUGAUGAAGAAGACGAACCACGAUCAGGCAAGCUGGUGCAUAAGAACAAACCAAUUUUGCAUGACGCUGAGCUGACUGAUGAAGAGGAUGAAUAUGAGAAUGUAAACGAUAAGACAAAAAGAGAGGAAACCGACAGAGACAUGGAUGACGCUGAAACUGCAAGCGACACGAUUGACAGUGAAAAUAUACCCCUUUUUCAGACCAUACUACGAAACUCUUCUCAGUCAGGCCGCAUGGCACCGCUGAGGGCCUAUUCUCUCUUGGAUCGUGGUUCAAACAUGCAAAACGAACAACCGCCAUGUUCCGAUGAGAAAGUGUUUCCGCUUCGGACAUCGCCACCUCCAGAAUGGGUUGAUCUGGAAGACGGAAUCAUUUCGGAACUUGCCAGUCUUGGCCUUGAUUCGGAGAGCUCGUUAAGCUCAAUCAUGGAGGAUGAUGAGAUACUUGACAGUUGGACUGGAAAUUCGAGUCUUUCGGACCUUUAUGGCGACUUCGUGAGUGUGGAGAAAGUGUUGGCUGCUAAUUUAAAGCCUGUAUUAACCGCAAAGCCAUGA